AUGCAGUUCUCCAGGCAAAAAUACUGGAGUGGGAUGUCAUGCCUUUCUCCAGAGGAUCUUCCCGAGCUAGGGAUUGAGCCUGUGUCUCUUACGUUUCCUGCCCUGGAAGGAAGGUUCUUUACCACUAGCACCACCCGGGAAGCCCUGACAGCAGCCAGAGUGAUGUUUCAGACACAAGAUUCUCAUCAAAUGCUGCUCUGGCCACAUCUCUCCAGUGGCUCCCAACACUUAAAAGUCAAAGCUCUUGCCACGCUUGUCUGUAAGGGAGGCCCUGCAUUAUCUAAGGGCUUCCCGGGUGGCGCAGAGGUCAAGAAUCCGCCUGCCGGUGAGGAGACACAAGAGACACGUUUCGAUCCCUGGGUCAGGAAGACCCCUGGAAGAGGGCACGGCAACCCACUCCAGUAUUCUUGCCUGCAGAGUCCCAUGGACAGAGGAGCCUGGCGGGGUGCAGUCCACGGGGUCACAGACGAGUCGGGGGCGUAA